GAGGCCGUUCACCUGCAUCGAUUGUGGGAAGGGUUUCACCCAGUUAUCAAAUCUUCUGACACACCAGCGUGUUCACAGUGGCGUGAGGCCAUUCAGCUGUUCCGUAUGUGGGAAGGGAUUCAUGAGCUCAUCUAACCUGGGGACCCACCAGCAGGUUCACACUGGGGAGAGGCCAUUCACCUGCUCUGUGUGUGGGAAAGGCUUCACUCAGUCAUCUGCUCUACUGACACAUCAACUUGUUCACAGUGAUCAGAGAUUGUUCAAAUGCUCUGACUGUGAGAAGAGUUUCAAAGGACCAAUAAAUUUGCUCAAACACCAGCAAGUUCACACUGGGGAGAGGCCGUUCACCUGCUGUGUGUGUGGGAAGAGAUUCACUCGGUCACAUAACCUGCACAGACACCAGCGAGUUCACACUGGGGAGAGGCCUUUCAACUGCCCCAUCUGUGGGAAGAGAUUCACUUUUUCAUCUAACCUGAAGAGACACCAGAAGUUUCACACUGGGGAGAGGCCAUUCACCUGCUCUAUGUGUGGGAAGGGAUUCACUCAAUCAUCCAGCCUGCUGAGACACCAGCGAGAUCACACUGGGGAGAGGCCAUUUACCUGCUUCAAGCGUGGAAAGGGAUUCACUCAGUUAUCCAACCUAUUGGAACAUGAGCAAAUUCACACUGGGGAGAGGUCAUUCACCUGCACUAUGUGUGGGAAGGGAUUCACUCAGUCAUCCAGCCUGCUGAAACACCAGCGAGAUCACACUGGGGAGAGGCCGUUUACCUGCUUCGAGUGUGGAAAGGGAUUCACUCAGUUAUCCAACCUGUUGGAGCACGACCGAAUUCACACUGGGGAGAAGCCGUUCACCUGCUCCAAGUGUGGGAAGGGAUUCACUCAGUCAUCCCACCUGCUGACACACCAGCGAGUUCACACUGAGGAGAGACCUUUCAAAUGCCCAGACUGCGAGAAGUGCUUUAAAAGUUCUGGGGAACUGAUGCGCCAUCAACGUGUUCAUACUGAGGAGAGACCAUUCAGGUGCUCUCACUGUGCAACUGGAUUCAGGCGAUCAGAACAACUCACUGUGCACCAGCGAAUUCACACUGGGGAGAGGCCAUUUACCUGCAUGGAAUGUGGGAAGGGAUUCACUCAGUUAUCCACCCUGCUGAAUCACCAGCGAAUUCACACUGGGGAGAGGCCAUUCACCUGCUCUGAGUGUGGGAAGGGAUUCACUCAGUUAUCUAUCCUGCUGAAUCACCAGCGAAUUCACACCGGGGAGAGGCCAUUCACCUGCUCUGAGUGUGGGAAGGGAUUCACAACUUCAUCCACACUGCUGACACACCAGCGAGUUCACAAGUAACUACAGUGAUGGAUUUUGCUGUUAAUCACAUUCAGGACUGAACCAUGUUCAUUGGAGUCUGUUUCUGCUAAUGUUAAUAAAUUCCAGCCCAGUUAUAGAGGAUAUUAU